UUGCAGUCACUUGGGAAUAGAGCGACCUUGGAAGAAGCAAACCGAGGCGUGGAAAUAACAAGGCCUCUCUUCGACGAAAAAUGGCAACAAACCAAAAAGCGUAUGCAAACAGACAUUGGAAACAAAAUUAACCUGAGAAAUUUACAAGGCAAGGAAAUAGAUGAUCUCAAAGAAAGCAAAAUCUUGGGCUAAAGCUUUGGUAGAAGAAGACUAGCUGCGACCCUUCUCCGUUUUUCUCUUCCGUUCUCUGAGAAUGGAGGCAAAACCCAAGAGGAGAACUGUUACUGAGAAUGGUGAUACAGGAGAGGACUUGGUCCUUGCAACUUUGAUUGGUAAUGGGGACGAUGUGGGUCCUCUUGUCAGGCAUGCAUUUGAGAUGGGACGGCCUGAACCGCUUGUUCAGCAGCUCAGAUAUGUGGUUAAAAAAAAGGAAGUUGAGAUUGAGGACCUAUGCAAGACUCAUUACGAGGAAUUCAUUCUCGCAGUUGAUGAACUUCGUGGUGUGCUGGUUGAUGCUGAAGAACUCAAAAGUGACCUGGCAAGUGAUAAUUUUAGGUUGCAAGAAGUGGGUAGUGCCCUUUUGGUGAAGCUCGAGGAGCUUGUUGAGUCUUAUUCAAUCAGGAAGAAUGUGCACGAAGCUAUUAAAAUGACAAAGAUCUGUGUUCAAGUUUUGGAACUUUGUCUCAAAUGUAACAAUCACAUUUCUGAAGGUCAAUUUUAUCCUGCAUUGAGAACUGUGGAUCUUAUAGCAAAGAACUAUCUGCAGAUCAUCCCUGUUAGGGCAAUAAAAAUGGUUAUAGAGAAGAAAAUUCCAAUUAUAAAAUUGCAUAUUGAGAAGAAGGUUUGUAGUCAGUUUAAUGAAUGGUUAGUGCACAUAAGGAGCUCAGCCAAGAAUAUUGGACAAACAGCCAUUGGUCUUGCUGCUUCAGCACGCCAGAGGGAUGAAGAACCAUUUGUUGAAUCGUACCAAACUUUUUUGGCUCAAAUUGCAGGAUAUUUCAUUGUGGAGGAUCGUGUCCUCAGGACUACAGGUGACCUCCUGUCAGCUGAUCAGGUUGAAACAAUAUGGGAAACAGCUGUUGCUAAAAUAACAUCUCUGUUGGGCGAUCAAUUUUCUAACAUGGAUUCUGCGACACACCUUCUUUUGGUGAAAGAUUAUGUCACUCUCCUUGCGGCAACUCUUAGACAAUAUGGGUAUGAAGUAGGUCCAAUUCUCGAGGCACUUGACAAUAGCCGGGACAAAUACCAUAAACUUCUCCUAGAGGAGUGCCGGCAGCAAAUUGUCACUGUUCUUUCUAACGAUACUUUUGAGCAGAUGGUAAUGAAAAAGGAUGUGGACUAUGAAAGUAAUGUUUUACCAUUUAACCUCCAGGUGUCAGAUAUAAUGCCAGCUUUCCCAUAUGUUGCACCAUUCUCUUCCAUGGUACCAGAUGUCUGCCGAAUUGUCCGGUCAUACAUCAAAGGUUCUGUUGAUUAUUUGUCCUAUGGGUUGUAUACCAAUUACUAUGAUGUUGUGAAGAAGUAUCUAGACAAGCUCUUGAUUGAUGUAUUAAAUGAAGCUAUACUUAACACAAUUCAUAGUGGUGCUACUGGUGUAUCACAGGCUAUGCAGAUUGCAGCGAACUUGGCUUCUCUAGAAAGGGCAUGUGAUUUUUUUCUUCGACAUGCAGCCCAAUUAUGUGGGAUUCCAAUGCGAACAGUUGAGAGGCCUCAAGCUAGUUUAACGGCCAAGGUUGUCCUGAAAACUUCCAGAGAUGCAGCUUAUCUUGCUCUACUAACUCUGGUGAACAACAAGUUGGAUGAGUUUAUGGCUCUUACAGAGAAUAUAAAUUGGACUGCAGAUGAGGUUUCCCUGUCUGGCAAUGAGUAUAUUAAUGAGGUUAUUAUAUACCUCGAGACUCUUAUGUCAACAGCACAGCAAAUUUUACCAACAAACGCAUUAUACAAGGUUGGAUGUGGUGCUCUUGAACAUAUUUCCAAUUCAAUCGUGUCAGCAUUUCUUAGUGAUAGUGUCAAGAGAUUCAAUGCUAAUGCA